AGCAUUCCCUAAAGCCCCCAUCUCUCUCUCUAUCCUAUCUUCUUCGGUUUUCGUGUAUCGCGAUUAUGGAAACAGUCACGCCAGCCCCACAUACAAGAACACACACCAACAAAAACCGGAACCACUCGCUCCACCACAACCACAACCAACACCACCACAAUAUUCUCUCAGAAACCUCCAUCCUUGUGGUGCUACUGCUAGCGCUUGUUGUCAUCAUCAUCUUACUCGUUACAAUUUUCGUAAUCAUAGCAUUGCUUCGUCGCGUAAAAUCAAAUGGAUCCGCCAACAGCAACAAAAACUGCAUGUUUGUUGCUCAUAGCAUUGUAUCAUUCGAUGGUAACACAGGGAGGUUAGAUAUGAAGAGGGGGUGUAUUUAUGGAGAAAGCCCAUGCAGCCUGCCAUCAGCAACAUCUAAAGGGGUGCAAGUGUUUACAUACAAAGAGCUGCAAUCCGCUACUGAAGGCUUCACUGAAGCCAACCGUGUGGGAAAGGGCGGUUUUGGGAACGUCUAUCGUGGUACGUUGGGUGAUGGCACUCUUUCCGCUAUUAAAAUGCUUCGUCGGGAAGGCAAGCAAGGAGAGCGUGCGUUUCGGUCAGAGGUGGAUUUACUAAGUCGUUUGCAAUGUCCAUACUUGGUGGAUCUUGUUGGAUAUUGUGCGGAUAACCAACACAGGCUGCUUGUAUUCGAAUACAUGCCGAAUGGUAGUCUUCAUGAUCACUUGCAUCUUCAUGACGGUCGGUCACAGCAAUUGAAUUGGGGAAUCCGAUUGAGAAUCGCGCUAGAUUGUGCACGAGCCCUUGAGUUUCUCCAUGAGCACACGUCUCCAUCGGUCAUACACCGUGAUUUUAAAUCUACCAACAUUUUGUUGGACGAAAACUAUCGUGCAAAAGUCUCGAAUUUUGGGCUGGCCAAGAUUGGAUCCGACAAGCUAAAUGGCAUGAUUUCGACUCGUGUGUUGGGAACUACUGGAUAUUUGGCACCCGAGUACGCUUCGACGGGGAAACUUACAACCAAAUCAGAUGUGUAUAGCUACGGUGUUGUUUUGCUAGAGCUUUUAACAGGACGUGUACCUAUUGACACUAACCGCCCACCUGGAGAGCACGUCCUUGUCUCGUGGGCGCUUCCGAGAUUAACGAAUAGAGCUGCAGUUGUGGAGAUGGUUGAUCCAGAUCUACAUGGCCAAUUUUCAAAAAAGGAUCUAAUCCAGGUAGCGGCUGUUGCAGCCAUGUGUGUGCAAACGGAAGCUGAUUAUCGGCCUUUGAUGACAGAUGUGGUGCAAUCUUUAAUUCCUAUAGUGCAAAACGUAUCUUUUGGGAGCUCAAAUAGUUCUUCUAGGUACAGUAAACGAGUUAGCCCAAGAUCAUAGGGGUCGUUUGGGUGUUGAUAUGUAUGUAUCCCCAUAUAUUAUGUAUAAUCUGAUACAUAAAUGAUAAAAGUUAAAAAAAAUGGAGUUGUACAUG